AUCGAGUCUCUUAUUUGUAGGCUGCCUCCGAAAUCAGUCCACGGUGUGGUCAGUACAUCAAAUUCGGACUAAACGACGUUGAGAUUCAAGGAAUACUUGAUGCAUUCUCUUCGAUUCGCAGGCAAUAUCUGACAUGGUCGAUAAACUUGGCUCUUCAGGCCCAAGCCCGGCUAAACCAAUGCAAUGACAUGGGGAAUUCGUGCUUCCAAUACUCUGGGCGCUCGCUUAGUAUACUCCACUCAAGCAACGACAUACAGUCUCCCGCUUAUAUCAUACAAUCGGCCGAACAGGCGCGCCGGAACGGAGAGAUUGCGGCUGAAAAUGCUCGGAAGGAGGCAAGGGCUCUGCAGAAUCUUUUAAGAAAUCAACAAAACGCAAUUGAACGUGAGGCACAAAGGGCGGUUGCGGAGGCUCAGAAUAUGGCAGCGAAUCUAAGGAAUAGUUUCGCAGUAAACUUCCCUCCCAACUUCCCGUUCAACGGCGCAUCCAGACCUCCAUUUGACUUCUAUAAUCAAGGAUCAUGGUAUCGAUCGAAAAGAACGGCUGGCAACGAUGUGGGGUGCGGCUUCCUCGUAAGAAAUGUUUAUGGCAACAUGGAACAUAAGCUCCUCUGCUAUUUCGGUUAAAGUGGAUGGACGAAUGGAUAAACGAGUCUAGCAGUCUAGCAGGAUUGUUUCGACAAAAUUGAGUCUACGUGUCAUUCGAUUCUUCCGUGUUGAACGAGCUGACUUCACAUUUAUUCAAAGGACACCGAUUCGCAUUAUCUCCCACUAUUUCAAUUUGUCAUUUUAAAAAUUGAUAUCACAGUUUAUCGUCUUCGUGUUUCAAUUCUAUUCGGAUGCUGGAACCGAAUAUUAUUUCUCGUCAAAUCACGUACAAUUUAAAAUUCUAUUCCAUAUCGACCCGAUCAUCGAUCAUUGG